AGUAAUUCACCUAUCUAAGGGUUGGUAAACGGUCCUGAAUUGUGAAUUGGACAUUGGUAAUUUGGUAUGUAAAAGCCAUUGGCACAGUGAGUGCAGGGAAGAUGGUGGAAAGAUUCUUCCACCUCCCUAAUCCAGAUAACAAUAGGAGCUGCCGGGACCGCAGCGACUCUGUCAUUCUUCUUUCCGGCCCUCCUUCCUCGUACCGUCCAAUUUCUUAUUGUUUCUGUCCAAAGAUAUUACCUGUCUCACCCCUGUCUGCAACAUAGCUUGAGCUUCGAUCUCAAAUCUGACUUUAUUUUACGCAGAGGAAAAACCUCUUUGCUGUUCCAAUAUGCAUUGAACGCCGCCAUGGGGAGCGGCUCCGCCGUUGUGUUCAUUUCCAACCGUCAGAAGUUAGAAGCAAAACCCCCAUUUCUCUCUCAGGGCGUCGAACCUUCUUCCGAUAUUUUUCAGCGUAUUCACAUGAAGUAUAUAGAUAAUGAAGAAGGGAUUAAGAAAUACUUCGCUGCAUUUCAUGUUCACGAUGAAAUCCCUGUUUCAGUUAUUAUUGAUGAUUUUGCUGAUUUCUUUGAUGAUAGAGAAUCAGGACAGUGCCGACUUCUUCUCUCUGAUACUCAUCAUGGUGACAAUCCAAGGUUGCUUUACAUAUAUAAGAGAUGGGUCUCCUCCAUUUACACUAUUAGAGGGGAUGGAUUUGGGUCAUUUUUCCUUAGGAGGAGCUGCAAAUUUGGCGUUGACAAAUCAAGUGGAUCAAAAACAGCGAAAUAUUCAGUAUCUCUUCAGUACUUGCUGCUGGAAGGUAUUUCUGAAGAUGCAGAAGAAUGAAACUAAAAAAAAAAAAGUUGUGUUGCUACAAAUUUAUUCGUGUAUUCUUGUAGAUGUCUUAUUAUGUGUAGUCUGAGAUGCAAGACAAUGAUAGUUUUGUCAUCUAAUACUUUUUGACAUGUGUACAACUUAAAAUCAUGUUUUAAAAUACCUCAUUCUAUGAUCAUGUUUGUCGUGCUCUCUUAUGGGCCUUGUGGCCAUUUAGUUUUUUCUCUUUCAAAAAU